AUGACCACUGGCGCUCGCUGGAACAUUUUCCAGAUGGCCACCGAACAAUCAACUUCUGCAAUGGCAUCCCUGUGGGAAUGGUGUAACUCUACGGAUGAGGGCAAAUCAAAGAUCGAUGAUCUUGGAUUUCGCGAGUUAUUCUCAGAAGAUAAUCCUGUUGUCGACAUUGUCGCCAUCCACGGCUUGAACGGCCACAGAGAAAAAACGUGGACGUCAGAAGAUGGAAAAAUGUGGCUGCGCGACUUCCUGCAAGACGACUUGCCUCGUGUUCGGGUCCUCUCUUACGGAUAUGACGCCGAUACGCACAGUCGAGAAUGUGUAUCAACCGAGACCAUACAUCGGCACGGUGAUAAACUAGUCAUGGCUCUUUCACGCGAGCGUAAAGACGCUUCUCGACGGCCAAUCAUUUUCCUCGCGCACGAUGUGGGAGGUAUUAUCCUCAAAUGGGCACUCGUAAUCUGCAACAAUAAGGACCAGGAUUCAGAUGGAAAUCUCCGAGAUAUUCUGGUAUCUACAUACUCCAUCCUGUUCUUCGGGACACCCCAUUUUGGCGUAGAAGAUUCUCUCCCCGGGACAACUGAUCGCCUUCUAUCAAUACCCAUGUAUACGACAAAUGUCAUUCUUAAAGUCCUUCAGCCAUACUCGCCCGAGCUCGAAAACAUACAGAAGCUGUAUCUCGAGGUGAGCAAGAAAGUAAAAAACGUAUUCUUCUACGCGGAAUACGAGGCUCUUGUCCGAAAUCGUCGAAGGAGGCUGAACGUUCGAGCUCACUCGGCAGUCAUCCCGGGUGACUGCAGUGCCGUAUGGGAGGUACUACACAGUGACCAUCAAACCUUAGUCAAAUUCUCUUCUCGAGAUAGUGACAACUACAAGACGGUGCUUUCCUAUCUCAAGGAACAUUUUAAAAAAGCUUCACGUGCAGUAGACGACAAGUGGCUCGAUGCUAUGAGACAGGACCCCGUCAAAGCAGUUUCUGAGAUUUCUCAUCUAUUCUUUGAGAAAACCAUGUACAAAGUACUCAGGGAUAGUCUUGAAGCACAUAUAUCCAUCUUGGAUGAAGGAUAUCUCCAGACAGUCAAGGAUGGACAUAUGGACCAAAUGCCUGACGCGCUCAAGGAGUUCAACGAUGCAUGGAAACAUUACAUUGUCACUCUAAGAAACAUACUCGCCAAAAUGGAUGGGUUGAAGCGCAGUAGAGAUCAAGGCGUCAAAGGAUCUAUCGAAAAGAUCAAGGGCGCCAAAAUUGACACAGGAGAUGUUGCAGACUACAAACAGGAAAUCUUACAAGCGACACGCAUAUGCAAGGAUGCGGCCAAUUUCUGUCAAAAUCAGCUGCAAGCGGAAGUGUGGAAAGUAGCCCGACUCGAGCCUGAAAAGCCUCGUCCAAUGGGCACUCAGCACAAGACGUGUCUACCAGGUACACGUAUAGCGAUUCUGCAGGAAAUUCGGCAAUGGCGUCUGGACCCCAAUGCAGACAAGCGCAUCUUUUGGCUCUGCGAUGUUGGCGGGUCAGGAAAGUCCACGGUCACACUGACGAUGUGCGAGGAAUGGGAUAAUACCGAAAAUGUUCUAGUUGGUCGGUUCUUCUUUUCGAAGAAUGCUCGGCAGACAUCGGAGACGGAUGAUUUCUACGAUCAAAGAAGAAGAUCCCAAUCUUCUCCGGCGAGGCUACGCCAUCAGUUCACCAAACUCAUCGAAGAACCAUUGCAACUUGCAGAGACGGAUAUUGUCCUCGUGAUCGACGCAAUGGAUGAGUGCAAGAAGGAGAUGAGGGUAGAUUUGAUCAACCUACUGGUUGAGAAGCUUUCAUCAAUGCCUAAACUCAAACUCUUUAUAACGAGCCGGCCAGAGCCAGACAUCACGGCGAUACUCCAGGGUAGAGCGAUUGUACGCGGAAUGCAUUUCAAGAUGCACGGCAAAGAGCAGCAGUCCAACUUGGAUGAUAUUAGGUCCUACGUCGACGUACAUCUUGUCAAACUGCUUACCGCGCCUCAGCGCCAGCAGAUUGUGGAACGCUCAAAUGGACUUUUUAUUUGGAUCACGACAGCACAUCUCGAGCUACGAGGGGCUCAUGGUCCAGAUGCACUUGGUGCAACUCUCAGAUCCCUCUUGACGCGAGGCAAGGGUGGAGAUAUUAACCAGGUUUAUACAAGCAUCCUUCGUCGGCUACGACGAGAGACGUCCAGUGGCACUAUACACAAGAUUAUGGGCACUCUCCUAACCUUGUUCGAACCAGUGUCGACAGAGGCUCUUGGGGAGAUGACUGGGAUUGCAGACUCUGAGCUAGAGCCGAUCUUAGAGUCGAUGCAGAGUUUAUUUCGGGUGGAUACUGUGGUAGAGUUUCUGCAUCCAACGUUCCAAGAAUACCUUCUUGGUCCACACAAUGUGGAUAUGCCAUUCAACUCGACAGCAAUGCAAUCAGGCUUGGCCGUAUCUAUCCUCAAAGUGCUUCAGGAGGAUCUGAAGGAGGACAUUUGCGGCGUUUCCCUGCCAAACAAACCUUAUCCAAAGAAUGCGGACAUUGUGGAUCUGGAUAAACGUCUAGAACAAUUAUGGGCUGGGUCUCCAGCACUACCUUAUGCGGCAAAGUACUGGGGCUAUCAUGUGAGCACCGUUGUAACGGAUGGACAUGUUGCCCAGAUGCUGCGGAGGUUUUUAGCAAGUCAAAUUUUGUACCUCGUGGAGCUGUUAAGCUUGAUGGAUCAUGUACAUCUUAUUCGAAAUUUCGAGGAGAUUCGGCGAAGUUGUGAAUGCCAAGGGUUGGGUGAUGAGGUCGAGGUAUGCCAUGAUACAGUUAGACUUGUCCAGAGGCAUCAAGAAACACUAGAGAAGAGUGCGCUGGAUAUCUACUCUUCAGGGCUACUAUUCCUCCCUCGAAAGUCACAACUGUGGACGAUAUACAAGAGCAAGUUUUCAGAUCGACUACCAAAAAUCAUUGGAGGACCAUCAGUGCAUUGGCCCUCACACCAGACUUUGACUGGACAUACCGAUUCUGUCUGGUGUCUGGCCUUCUCGCCAGAUGGGCACCGUCUUGCGUCUGGAUCUCGGGAUGGCACUGUACGCCUGUGGGAUGGGACCACCGGUGCAAGCCUUGGGACGCUUGAGGGACAUACCGAUUGGGUCCAGUGUCUGGCCUUCUCGCCAGAUGGGCGCCGUCUUGCGUCUGGAUCUCGGGAUGGCACUGUACGCCUGUGGGAUGGGACCACCGGUGCAAGCCUUGGGACGCUUGAGGGACAUACCGGAGAGGUCUGGUGUCUGGCCUUCUCGCCAGAUGGGCGCCGUCUUGCAUCUGGAUCUCGGGAUGGCACUGUACGCCUGUGGGAUGGGACCACCGAGGUCUGGUGUCUGGCCUUCUCGCCAGAUGGGCGCCGUCUUGCAUCUGGAUCUCGGGAUGGCACUGUACGCCUGUGGGAUGGGACCACCGGUGCAAGCCUUGGGACGCUUGAGGGACAUACCGGAGAGGUCUCAUGUCUGGCCUUCUCGCCAGAUGGGCGCCGUCUUGCAUCUGGAUCUGGGGACCGCACUGUACGCCUGUGGGAUGGGACCACCGGUGCAAGCCUUGGGACGCUUGAGGGACAUACCGGAGAGGUCUCGUGUCUGGCCUUCUCGCCAGAUGGGCGCCGUCUUGCAUCUGGAUCUUGGGACCGCACUGUACGCCUGUGGGAUGGGACCACCGGUGCAAGCCUUGGGACGCUUGAGGGACAUACCGAUUCGGUCUCGGGUCUGGCCUUCUCGCCAGAUGGGCGCCGUCUUGCAUCUGGAUCUGGAUCUUGGGACCGCACUGUACGCCUGUGGGAUGGGACCACCGGUGCAAGCCUUGGGACGCUUGAGGGACAUACCGGAGAGGUCUCGUGUCUGGCCUUCUCGCCAGAUGGGCGCCGUCUUGCAUCUGGAUCUGGAUCUUGGGACCGCACUGUACGCCUGUGGGAUGGGACCACCGGUGCAAGCCUUGGGACGCUUGAGGGACAUACCGGAGAGGUCUCGUGUCUGGCCUUCUCGCCAGAUGGGCGCCGUCUUGCAUCUGGAUCUGGGGAUGGCACUGUACGCCUGUGGGAUGGGACCACCGGUGCAAGCCUUGGGACGCUUGAGGGACAUACCGGAGAGGUCUCGUGUCUGGCCUUCUCGCCAGAUGGGCGCCGUCUUGCAUCUGGAUCUUGGGAUGGCACUGUACGCCUGUGGGAUGGGACCACCGGUGCAAGCCUUGGGACGCUUGAGGGACAUACCGAGAGGUCUCGUGUCUGGCCUUCUCGCCAGAUGGGCGCCGUCUUGCAUCUGGAUCUGGGGAUGGCACUGUACGCCUGUGGGAUGGGACCACCGGGAGGUCUCGUGUCUGGCCUUCUCGCCAGAUGGGCGCCGUCUUGCAUCUGGAUCUGGGAUGGCACUGUACGCCUGUGGGAUGGGACCACCGGUGCAAGCCUUGGGACGCUUGAGGGACAUACCGGGAGGUCCAGUGUCUGGCCUUCUCGCCAGAUGGGCACCGUCUUGCAUCUGGAUCUGGGGAUCGCACU